AUGGCAGCCAUCCAGCAGAUUCUCGAACAUUUGGAUAAUGCAGAGUCUGACCUCGUAGACCAUCAUCUAUUUGAACAAGCCAAGCUAAUCCUCAAAGACGCUAGCUUGUACGAGUCCUCACAGAUCCUUCGGACAUUUGGAUCAAAGGUGAUACAAGUAGUCAGCUCUAACAAGACAAGUGCGGAAUGGAAGAGUCAUGCUAUCGACCUGUUCAACGAAAUCAUCAGUCACUACCACUUCGACACGAUCGUACAGGAAUUCUCACUUGAGAUGCUAAUUUCAGGUCUACAGGGUCAUAACGAGAACCUAAAAAUACUAAUCAUCGAUAUCGUGGCAAGGGCGACUCCCCCCGAUUUGGUGGCCAACACGCCGUUCAUCUCAAUAAUGCUGAACCUGCUGGCAGACCCAGCCACAACUGUAGAAACGGUGAGUUCAAUUGAAAGAAGUCUAGUGGUACUUGCGAAGGGCGAGCUCGUGCAACGUCGUCUAUUAUCCAAAGAGUGUCUAGACCUGCUUAGAAAAAUUAGGGGCGAUCCACAAGUGUUUUCGCGGUGUUUUGAUCUCUGCUCAGAACUUCUUCCUGUUGUUAAAGACCUCCCUGAUGAUCUAUAUUUGAUGCCAGAAAGAGAAUUCGCUCAGAGCAACGACGUGCUGCUCAAUGCGUAUGUGGUUUCAUUUUAUAACAAAUUGCUGGACACUAUUAGGUUCGACAGAUUAGACUUGCUAGAUAAAUUGAACGAGCAGAUUGGCUAUAUCUGUCGCCUGUACGUGGAUGACGCGUUUGUGCCCGAGAUCAAGACGUUGUUCAGUCUCGAGCCGGUGGUUUUUCUUGCCAAUCUGAGCAGACUCGAUGCCUCGAAAUUUGCUGAGUUCGAUCGCCAAUAUAAGAUCAUAGACCACGCCAUAACGCACAGCGACGAGCCCUCUGUGUUUCUGCUUUCAAACGUUGAUCCAAGUCUGUUAGCCUCAAGAACGCAAUUUCUCGAAACACUUCCUCUCACUGCAACCACAAUACAAAUAUUUGAAAAUCUGGUUAGCAAGCAGGAGACUUUUUCCAAACUGGACAUUCCGCCUUCCAAAAUCCUGAAUCUGUCUACAAGCUCGUUCCUAGAGCUUGUCAGAGCACUAUCGCUGUACGACCAUACGGUGGAGCAGCUGAUCCGGUGGCCGUCCGUCAUGAAUAGACUGCUGGACGAGUAUAAGCAUAUCAACAACCCAGAAAUCUGGAAGUUGAAAAUGGCGAUUUUGGAACAACUGUACACCCGUAACGUGGACGUGUGGAAGGAAAAAAUUGAGCAAGAGCUUGCUAGAAUGAAAGGCCAUACGGAGGCCCAGGUCGACAUCAUGGAUAUCGCAGCAUAA